AUAUGUUUCUUUUGUGUGUUGGCUGGUUCUGCUGGUAGCCAUGUUUAACAUUAGGACUGUCUUAUGCUGAUAGAUGAUUCCACUAUGAAUAAUCGCUCGGUUUCAUUUUUUUAUUCAAAUCUUGACAACUAUUGGACUCGCAUGUCAUUGAAGAUCUUGAUGAUUGGUUUGCCUCGCUUAAUUUAGGAGAAAUCUUGACUAUCCAAGUUUGUAGAAAAUGGGUAAAGCUACGAAGUGGUUCAAGGGGUUGCUUGGGAUGAACAAAGACAAGCAAAAUGUAGGCAUGUUGAAUUCCUCCGAAAAGAGAGAGAAGAAAAGAUGGAGCUUUAGGAGGAAGUCUUCUAAAGAAUCUACUGGUGAGAAUCUGGUGAACUUUUCGGGGAGUGUCCUUGAGGUGGAUACUAAUUGGCUGAAAUCUUACGUAUCUGAGAAUGAAACGGAGCUGAGGAAGCAUGCAAUUGCUGCGGCUGCUGCCGCGAUGCUGCGGUAGCCGCAGCGCAAGUUGCCAUGGCAAUGGUGAGAUUGACACGUCAAGGCCCGCAAUGGGCUGCUGCUAAGAUUCAAAGUGUUUUCAGAGGUUAUUUGG